UCGGGGUCAUGUGAAAGAGGCGGGGAUGGGAGCGUCACGUCAGAGCCCUCCCCAAGGGAGAUGGAGGACAGGACUACGCAGAGUGGAUACUUCCGGACUCCAUUUGACCGCCGCCGCGUGGGGGCGUGGGAGAGGAAGCGAAGGGAGCCGGCAGUAGAAGUGCUCCUCAAAUGGCUCUACCUCUUUGGCGCGCUGUACGCUUUCCUUAGCUCCGCGCGCCGCCAGCCGUCUCUAUGGUAACCAGCGCAAGGAGGGCUUCCGGCGAGGCGAGGCCCCCUCCUUUUCUCCUUCCGGCUCGGUGGUGGUGGCAGCAGCAUGGAGGCCGAGCCCGGCGCGGCGCUGCACGGAAAGGGGAGCCGGGCGAGGAAGAGGGGGCACCAGGCUGACCCGGAGCAGGAUGGCCAGGAGGCCACAGCUGCGGUUGCUGAAAGACGCCGCCGGGACAAGCACUUGGCUCUGCUGGGCGAGAAGGCCGCGGCGGAGCGGGACCUCGAGGCGCUGGUCUUCGGCGACGUCGGCCAAGGAGAGGCCUUGUUGCAGCGCCUGCGCGCGCCCGCCGACUCGGUUACUGAUGUAAUCAGUGGGAACUUUCUGGACAGUGAGUCUGAGGAUUCAGAACUGGAAAAUGAAACAGAGGAAAAUUUUCUCUCAUCAAAAAAGCCAGCAUGGAUAGACGAGGAUGAUGAAACUGAGGAAAUAAUUGACAUGACCCAUCGAUACCGGAAAAACAUGAUGAAGAGUAAUGCAGAAAGUAAACUUAGCAAAGAAAAACUUCAAAGACGACUUCAAGAACAAUUUCAGGGUGCUAUGGGAACAACUCCUUCUUGGGCACAGAGGGGCAUGAAAAAGACGUUAAAGAAAAAACAUGAAGAUGACAGUGAAGAUGAAGACGAUGAUGAUUUGUUAUGCAAGACAGGCAAUUUUGUGGCAAUGUCGGACUCUUUACCAAAAGGCAUUUUACAGAUGAAAAACUGCUUACCUGCUAAUAAUGAACGCCUGUCUGAUGCAAAUCUGACAACUGUGCAGUUCCAUCCUUCUGCUCAGGUUGUGAUGACAGCUGGCCUUGAUCGGUCUGUGUCCUUGUUCCAGGUGGAUGCUGUCACUAAUCCAAAGAUACAGAGUAUACAUUUGGAAAACUUUCCAAUCUACAAGGCAUGUUUCAGUGCUGAUGGAGAGCAAGUUAUAGCAACCAGUACCCGCAAUAAGCUUUUCUAUAUAUAUGACAUGAUGGGAGGAAAAAUUAUUCCUGUAAACCAUGUCAGAGGUUUAGAGGAAAAGACUGUCAAAAAAUUUGAAGUAUCUCCAGAUGGGAAAUUCUUACUUGUUAGUGGGACAUCAGGCUAUCUGCAUUUGAUAACAAUGAAGACAAAGGAGUUUGUUGGAAGCAUGAAAAUUAAUGGAAAGGCAGCUGCAUCAACCUUCUCGCCUGAUGGGAGCAAAAUCUACACCCAUUCUGCUGAGGGGGAAGUCUUCAUAUGGGAUGUGAAAAGUAGGCGAUGCCUGAACAGGUUUACUGAUGAAGGUUGCCUUCGUGGUACAUCUAUCACACUCUCCAAAAACAACCAAUAUGUGGCUUGUGGUUCCAGUUCUGGAGUUGUGAAUGUGUAUUCCCAUGAUGACUGCCUCAGGGAAACCAGCCCUAAGCCUCUUAAAGCUAUAAUGAAUUUGGUCUCACCUGCUACUUCAGUAGUAUUCAAUCCCACAACUGAGAUCCUAGCAAUAGCUUCAAAUAAAGUUGAUGAAGCUGUAAAACUGGCCCAUAUUCCUUCCCUUACUGUAUUCUCAAAUUUCCCAGUAUUCAGAAGAAAACAAAUAUAUUUGGUUAAUUCCAUGGAUUUUUCACCAAGAAGUGGAUAUUUUUGCAUAGCAAAUAACAAAGGCAAAGCUUUGUUGUAUAGAUUGAAGCACUAUUCCAGUUUCUGAAUGAUCUACUUUAGAAUGAGCUCCUCCCAGGCUGCUGUGAACUUAAACCUAACUGGUUUGAGUCUGCUACCGGCUGAACUGCGUCUCAGAACCGAACAGACGUACCAUCAGGCUUGAAAUCACUUAGCUGAAGAUGAAGAGCUGUUAUUCCCUCCGGAGGUCCUCAGGGCUGUGAAGCUGUUCCCUGGAACCCUUUGGGAAUCCGUAGAGGCCUUUAAUCUGUUCUUCCCCAGGAACUCUUAAAAGACGAAGCCUUUGCACAGGAGGAACGUCUGUACGCAUCCUCUGCCUUGGCUUCCCUUGUUGUGACUAACUGAAAAAUGGCCCCUUCCCUCCAAAAGGCAAAAAGGGGGCGGGACCAGGGAUCCUAACUAUAAUUGGCAGGUGGCUUGCCCUAUGAAUGCAGCCAAAGGAAGCCACCUAUCUGCAAAGUCCCUGCAACUUAGGACUAUAAACAAAUACCCAGUGCAAAACACAAAUUUGGAGCCCCUGGAACACCCAUUCCAGAACACAAGGUGUAAAUAUGAAUCCAAUGGGCAUUGUUUCAAACAGCAUUCAGUCCUGUACUAUUACACUUUGUAUUUUAACUCUGUUGAUCAUAAAGCUAAGCAACAAAAAAUAUGAUGCCGUAUUUUAUAAAGCAAAACCCAACCAGUUUUUAAGCAAAAGUUUUACACUCAUUUCCUAUGUUUAAUCUCUGUUUUGUGUAUUUUAAUAUGUAUUUUUAUAAAUACAUUUUAAUAUGUG